AUGAAGGUGUUCUACACAGUCCUUGCUGUGCUCUUGCUUUUCUCCUUGGUCACCCCAGGGUACGGGCAGUUCAAGGGUGCUUGUGGCGGAUACUGUUCCCGUCUGUGUGGCAAAAGGGACGAGUGGACUUUCCGCCAGGCCUGCGGGAAGAUGUACUGCUGCAUCCCCCCACCCAAGAAGGGAAAAUGA